AAUCAAACCCGAGAUGACGGUUGAGAUCAAACAGACUUUUCAUUCCUAGUUGGUGCCUGGGUGAGUGACGAGGCCUACCAGUGCUGGAGGACACAGUCAAGUGUUUGGUGGGAGAACAGCCCACAUUCAGAGCUUUGGAAAGACUUUCAUAAGACACCGACUCACCUCCCAUGGAGUCCACGGGCCUGGCAGGGACUCACUACUAGCUAAGAAAAGAGACACAUCUUCAUGAUCUGGCAGCGCGGAAUGGGCCGGCAGGGCUGCAGGUGCCGUGGGAUCUCGAGGACUCUGGGAGCUGAGCUGAGUGGCUUUAAAAUGUCUUGACGCCCUUAGAAGAGAAAAGAUCUUCUGGAGAGAGGAAUGAUGCAGCCUACAGAAAGCACAGAAGGCCCGGGGAGAAAAAGGCAGGGCACAGCAAAGCAGGUCAGCUUGGUGCCCUUCCUUGGAGCUGCCGGCCACCAGCAGAGCCCACCCUCUUCAUGGAAAGCCUCGUGCAGUGGCCCCCUGGUGAUGGCAUCCGACAGUGAUGUGAAGAUGCUGCUGAACUUCGUGAACCUGGCGUCCAGCGACAUCAAGGCCGCCCUGGACAAGUCAGCGCCCUGCCGCCGCUCCGUGGACCAUCGCAAGUACCUGCAGAAGCAGCUCAAGCGCUUCUCCCAGAAGUAUUCCCGGCUCCCGCGGGGACUUCCGGGCAGAGCCGCUGAGCCCUACCUGAAAAGGGGGUCUGAGGACCGGCCCGGGAGGCUGCUUCUCGAUUUGGGCCCUGAUUCCAGCCCCGGCGGGGGUGGGGGCUGCAAGGAGAAGGCGCUGAGGAACCCCUACAGGGAGGAAUGUCUUGCUAAGGAGCAGCUCCUACAGGGGCAGCAUCCAGAAGCUGCCCAGCCUGGCCAGGUGCCCAUGAGGAAAAGACAGCUGCCUGCUUCCUUCUGGGAAGAGCCGAGGCCCACCCACAGCUACCAUGUGGGGCUGGAGGGGGGACUGGGCCCCAGGGAGGGACCUCCCUACGAGGGUAAGAAAAAUUGCAAGGGCUUGGAGCCCCUGGGGCCUGAGAUUGUCCCAGUGCCCAUGUCUCCGAGGGCCCUGGCUGAAAAGGAGCCACUCAAGAUGCCUGGGGUCUCCCUGGUGGGCCGCGUCAAUGCCUGGAGUUGCUGCCCCUUCCAGUACCAUGGACAGCCCAUCUACCCGGGCCCUCUGGGGGCCCUGCCUCAGAGUCCUGUCCCCAGCCUGGGCCUGUGGAAGAAGAGUCCAGCCUUUCCCGGGGAGCUGGCGCACCUCUGCAAGGAUGUGGACGGCCUGGGGCAGAAGGUGUGCAGGCCUGUGGUGCUGAAACCCAUUCCGACCAAGCCGGCCGUGCCCCCACCCAUCUUCAAUGUCUUUGGCUACCUCUAGCCGGGCCGAGAGGGCCUCAGCCCCCACCUCUGGCCUGCAGGAGUGUCAAGGUCCCCGAGGUGCUCUCCUGUGAGGAGGUGGCUGGGCCACAGUGUGGCCUCUUCCAUUUGUGUGCGUAUGGGAGCGGAGGGCAGGAUUGGGGCGGGGCUCCUCAAGCAGUCACCCUUCAGUCUUGCAGUCUUGGAAGCUGGGGGGCUGGUUGGCCCCUCUCCAAGCAGGCCAGGGCCCAGCAGCUUGUCCUGCUGUCCCUGUGCAGACCAUGGGUGCUAGGAUGUUGCCCUUGCUUGCAGACACCCCGGAAGCCAGAGUGACACAUCUGUUCACCUGCCACCCACUCUGCAAGCCAAUCUCAGUUGUUGUUCUUCUUGUUCUUUGUAAAUAUUGAGAAAGUUAAAAGAAUAAAGACAUUUCUUUUGGAGUUUCCAUA